AUGGAUGUCCAGCGCGGGAACCAAAUUCUCAACAGCCCGGAUUGGCUGAAGUUUGCCGUCGUUCGCGAGCCGGCGCAGCGGCUGCUGUCGUGCUUCCUCCAGAAGUGCAACCAGUAUAACAUGGAGAACGAAUACUCAACUCUUGCUUUCUAG